GAUUAGGUCAUUUGUUGGAUAGACCUAGACAUGUUAACGAGUUCGUUUUAUUAUUUCGUGGCAUUGGAUUUGGAAUUGAAUUGACAUUUAUUCAGGUAUUCACCCUCAUCAUCUCCAUACCAAUUAAUGCUAUUCCAAUUGCCGGGACGGUUUUAUACUGCAUCGUUAAUGGGUGGACAUUAGCUUGGGGUCACCAAGUUCAUUACCACAUGAUGAUUAGAGAAUGGGACGUAAAAACAUCUAGAGAAUUUGCUUUCAAAAAUUGGUAUGAUUAUAUCUCAUUCGGUACCGUUGGAAUGGCUCUCCAAUUGAUCCCUGUGGCAAAUUUCGUCUUCUUUUGGACUACUAUCGUUGGUGCCGCUUUAUGGACUGCCGAUGUUCUCAUUGAAGAACAAAAGGCUGUUGAUGAUGAAGUGGAUCCAAACGAACAAAACGUUACCGUUGAGGCUGUAGGAACCUCCUAUCAAAACACGCCGAUUAUAGAUGGGUCUGUUGUUAAUGUUACCACUCCCGCCGUUAACAAUUAUGGUGCUACGCUUAACACUAAAUAG